CCUAAAGGUCAUAGGCUUUGCCUUUCUCUUGAGUGUUCCUGAAGAUGGCAUGUUCAAAUUACAAAAGCAUGGAGAAGAAUUUUUUGGAGGAAGAACUAGAUGAGGAGAGUGUGAUUCUCACACUGGAGCCCGUGAAGGAAAUUACUGUAGAACAUCAAGUGGAGCCAAGUGUUUCUUCAACCACAGAUGUCAAGCCUCGGACAAGCAAAGCUUUAGCAGUCCCUGCCAUGCCUGCCAUUUUGCCUCCGAUCCAUAAAGUGCAUCGGGAUACUCUGCGGAUCUGGUGCCAGCAAUGUCAUUUGAGUACUAGUGGCCAGAAAAUAAAGGUUUAUCAGAGACUCCAAAAACAUGUUUACUUUGAAAGUAAGGAGGAUAUUCCUGAAACACCCCGGGAGGCCAGAUUGCGGUUAUCACCAAGGAAAAACAAAGAGAAGACCAAGAGAGGAAAUAUUCAGAAAAGUCAUAGCAUGAGUGCGAGUGAGAGAGAACCAGAGAUAAAUAUAGUUGAAGUGAUCACUCCAGCCCAGGAAGCCAUGUUGGCAUCAUGGGCAAGAAUUGCCUCAAGAGCCUCUCGACCUAAAAUUGAGAAUUCAAGUCGUAUUCCUACUUAUGCUGAAACCUUUCUGCCUCAAGCUUCUGGUGUUAGGUGGUGUGUUGUCCAUGGAAGACCUCUUUCUGCAGAAACAAAUGGUUGGGUUCGCCUUCAAUUCCAUGCAGGUCACACAUGGGUGCCUAACAGUUCCAGGAGGAUGAUCUCUCUCUUCCUGUUGCCAGCCUGCACUUUCUCAACCCCAGACCUAGAAGACAACAUGUUAUGCCCUGAAUGUGUUAAGAGGAAUAAGAAGAUGAUGAGAAGAUUGUUUGCAAAGAGAAGGAGAAGUAAGUUGGUUUGAACACACCGACACCAUUCUCUCAGUUGGGCCAUGACUUAAUAAAUAAUACAUGGCAGAGAGUCCACAGCUAAGUUGACCUAAUCUCAAUGAGUAGAAUUUUG